AUGUCAGUCCCCAACGGUGUCAAUGGCCAAACUAAUGGCACGUCCAACGCCUUGUGUUCUGUGGAUGAACUGAUCUCCCGGAAAUAUGACUAUGUGGUCGUUGGAGGCGGUACUGCCGGGUUGGUCGUCGCCGCUCGAUUGACAGAGGAUCCCAAUAUCUCGGUGGCAGUCCUGGAGGCCGGACAGAACCGCAUGGACGACAAGAAUGUGUCCACACCCGCUCUCUACCCUACACUGAUCGGCCGCAAAGAGUACGACUGGUGCAUGACCAGCAUACCCCAACCCAAUGCCGGCAACAAGAUAUACUCCAUGCCUCGCGGCAAAGCGCUGGGGGGCAGCAGUGCGAUUAACUAUCUCAUGUACGUACGUCCUGCGAAAAAUUGUGUCAAUCACGGUUGGGAAGCCAUGGGGAACCCGGGCUGGGGAUGGGAGGGACUCGCUCCGUACUUCCGCAAACACCAGACACUGGACAAGACUCCGGUGCACGAGGAUCCGCAGUUCAUGCCCAUAGCUGGGGGAGACAAGUUCCACGGUAACGACGGGCCGAUCCACACGAGCUUCAACGACUGGUACAUGCCGCUAGAAGUGGACUUUGCCAAAGCGGCGUAUGAGGUGACAGGAACCAAGAAGACGAUCCACGACGCCUGGAGCGGCGACCACAUGGGUUUCUACUCCAGUCUCGGAGUGGUCAAUCGAACCGACGACCCUGGCAAGCGAUCAUACGCGGCCACAGGCUAUCUGCGUCCCAACCUGAACCGGCCGAACCUGAGGGUGUUAACCGAAGCGCAAGCGACCCGUAUCAUAUUGGACGGCAACACCGCGAAAGGAGUUGAAUUCUUGUAUGGCGGGUCGCAAAAGUACAGCGUGUACGCAACACGCGAAGUCAUCCUCUCCGCCGGCGUGAUCCAAAGCCCCCAACUUCUCGAGUUAUCUGGGAUAGGAGACCCCGAAGUCCUCUCCGCAGCUGGCGUCGAAUGCGCCGUGGAGAACAAAGCAGUAGGCGCCAAUUUCCAAGACCACGUCCUGGGCGGUCUGCUAUUCGACCUGAAGCCCGGAAUCGACUCAAUGGACGCGCUACGCGACGAGCAAUACAUGAAGAUGCAGCAGGAAGUGUACCAAAAGACCCAAAAGGGCCCCUACGCAUCGCCCGGCAUGAUGAUGGGCUUCGUGUCGUACGCAUCACUGGUCUCGCCCGAGGAACUCGAAGCCACGAUCCGCGAAAUCGAAGCGAAAUCGCUGGCAAAAACAGAUUUCGAAAAAGCCCAAGAGAAAGUCAUUGUCGACCAACUGCGCGACCCGACUUUUGCAAACCUACAAACCUUCUGUAUCCCAUGCCGUCUCGACGUCGCAAAGGGAUCCGACCAAACUCAAUUCUUUGGCGCCCCGCCCACGGGCAAACAGCAGGUCUCGCUGCUCAUGUGUCUGGAACAUCCUCUGUCCCGUGGAACCGUCCACAUCACCACUUCGGACCCCUUGGCCCCUCCGCGCAUCGACCCGGGCUACUUCCGCAAUGAAGUCGAUGCAAAGAUCCUCGCGGCCGGUAUAGCCUGGAUGGACAAAGUCGCCCGUCACCCUCUGCUGGCCAAGUCGCUGGCGGAUCGGGAGUUGCCUCCCCAGGACCAGAACAUGGAUACACAGGAAAAAUGGGUCGAUUAUGUCAAGAACCAUAUUAGUACACAGUACCAUUUGAUCGGUACUUGUGCGCUUGGCCAAGCCGUCGACAAUGAGCUGAGGGUUAAAGGUGUUAAAGGGUUGAGAGUUGUUGAUGCUUCUGUCUUUCCGGGCCAUGUUUCAGGAAACAUCAUGGCCACCACAUAUGCCGUGGCCGAGAAAGGCGCAGACCUCAUCAAGGCCGACAUCUAG